CGAAGUCUCUACAGACGCCGGCCAUUUUGGUGCCAUUGUAGAGGACUUGUGAGCUUCAGAUUUUUGCAAUUUUCCGAUCAAGACUAUGCCAUCCUGAGCAAGUUUGGAGUUUAGAUUACAAGUAUCAUCAUGAAUCAAUAUCCAGGUUUUGUACCUAUGAUGGUACCACAACCUUACAUGGUUGCUAUGCCAACAGCAAUUCCUAUGUCAGCAGGUCACCCUGGUUUGCCUCAGGUGCUACACCCACAGGUUGCAGCUGCUCACAUGGCUGGUGCUCCUGUUAUGCCAUCAGUUAUGGCAGCUCCUGGCAUGGUUCCAGGCGUGCGGCCAGGACAAGUGGGCCCUGGAGUAGGACCUUUAGGUGUUCAUCCUGUUCAGCCUCCAAUGUCUGUUCCAACAGCAGCAGUCAUCCCGCAGUUAUCAGCUGUUGCUGCUGGCCAAGAACUUAAAAAACGGCCUUAUGACUCAGAUCGAGGAAAAGGAGGUGGAGGUGGUCGCUUUAGUAAUCGUUGGCAGUCUUCAAACCCAGAGCUGGAUGUUGAUGAACCCACCAUGGAUGACUCACUAUGUGUGCUUGACCACUUCAAUUCUGAUCUCCAUCUUCAGAUUGAUCCAGACGGAUAUGGAGCCACUGUUGUCUUGGAUCCUCCUGGCUUCUGCUUCACGUGGGCUGGGGCUCGUGCCACGUAUGGUGUUUGCAAAGGCAAGGUGUACUUUGAAGUACAUAUUUUAGAGCAUCUGCCAGCUGAUUUUGGUGAUGAUCAUCAAGAGACAGAUCCUCAUGUGGUUCGUGUUGGGUGGUCAAUUGACAGCUCCUCUUUUCAACUAGGUGAAGAACCCUGGUCUUUUGGGUAUGGUGGUACUGGGAAGUUCUCCACCAACUGCCGCUUCUCUGACUAUGGCCAGCGGUUUGGUGCAGGUGAUGUUGUAGGGGCAAUGUUGGACCUUGACUCUCGGCCAGCAUCUAUCUCCUUUACGAAAAAUGGAACCUGGUUUGGAGUAGCGUGUCCGCUACAUGGAUUUCCAGUUGGAAGCAAGGACAUGGCGCUUUUCCCUCAUCUCCUCCUCAAGAACAGCAGGGUAAAGGUCAAUUUUGGUCAGAUGGACUCAUGGUUUCCACCACCUCAGGGCUUUACCUAUAUUGGUCAGUUGCCUUCCAUGGACAGAGUGCGGGGUAUGCUUCCUCCUCCACGCAAGGCCGAUUGUGAGAUGAUCAUGAUUGUGGGACUUCCUGGCACAGGAAAAACUACAUGGGGCAUCAACAUGCAGAAGUCCCACCCAGAGAAACGCUACAAUAUUAUAGGAACAGAUACACUUAUUGACAAGAUGCGUGUCAUGGGUUUACCACGAAAACGUAACUAUCAUGGCCGAUGGGAUGUUCUAAUCGAGAAAGCUACGAAGUGUCUCAACAAACUCUUUCAAAUUGCCAGUAGGCGAAAAAGGAACUACAUUUUGGACCAGACCAAUGUGUAUGCAUCUGCACGCCGCAGGAAAAUGAAGUUUUUCAAUGGAUUCUACCGGGUUGCUGCUGUUGUCCAGCCAGAGGAUGCAGAAAUGCAACGUCGUUCACAUAAACGUACAGUUGAAGAUGGUAAAGUGGUUCCAGAAUCGGCUGUUCUGGAGAUGAAGGCAAACUACACAUUGCCAGAGGAACGUGACAGCAUGUUUGAUCGCAUUGACUACAUUGAACUGCCACGGGAAAAAGUUGUUCCUAUUAUUGAACAAUAUGUCAGAGAAGGACAGGAAAAACGUCCUGCAGCUGAAGAUGUAUUCCGCCAUGAUAAUCGUUUUCAGAAACAAGAAUCAAGCUUUGGCAGGUCCGGAGGUGGUCCAGUGGGUAGGUCUUCACCUAUGGCUGUCACACCAUUCUCUCAGCAAGGAUCGUCCCACAGCAAGUCAUCUGGUGGACCAGGUCAGAUGAAAGGGGAACCUCAGUGGUAUGGAGAGAGCUCCAGACAGCAGGAUAUAAGCGAACCGCCCAAUAAACGUCUAAAGAUGCAAGGUCGUUCAGGUAUGGGAGGUGUAGGAGCAAGUGGAGGAGACUCCAGCAGUGCUUUAGAGCUGCUGAAGCAGCAAUAUGACGAUACAGAUGAACCCUCCUCUUGGGGAUCACAACCUGGACAGGAAUUUGGAAGCACAAUCAAAGAAGAACCACAGUGGCCAUCACCAGGGCAAGAUGUGACAGCCACGUCAGGAAUAGGCCUGGGUGUUCCUCUGCACAGUGCCCCUCCUCCCAUGGUACCUCACCAGCCAGGACCUCUGAUGGUCUCGGGUGCUUUUGCUAGCGCAUUUGCUGCCCAGCCACCACCACCUCCGCCACCCAUCCUGCCUGGACAGUUUGCCCAUGCUGCUGGACCUGCAUUUGUUGCUGUGGCACCUCUUCCUCCUCCUGGCCCUCCACCACCUUUAAUGCAGGGGGUUCUGGGUGGACCACCCACCAGUGAUGCAUCAAAGUUCCUUUCACAGCCACCACCACCCUCUAUGGUGGGAGGCAGAGGGGGCAUGGAUGGCAAUCUCCCCAUGACUAAUGUGCCUCCACCGGGGUUCCAGCAGCAACAGCGGCAGCAACAAGAGCCUGGUCACCAGCCUUGGCAGCAGGGAGGAGACAGCUACAGCCAGCCACCUUCAUGGCAGGACAACAGUAGUGGUGUAAACAGCAGAUUUUCUCAGCAGAGAGGUGGAGAUAACAGCGGUAGUAGCCAGUAUAGCUGGCAGGGAGGAGAUGGUGGGCAGGCCGGGGCCAACUGGAAGAGUGGCAGUGGUGACGGUGAUGGUGGAGGAUCAAAUCGUGGCUGGCAAGGUCAGGAUUGGCACAGUGGUCGCCCGGGAUGGCAAGAUUCUGAACACCCCUUGGACCUUGGCAGUGAUUGGCAGAAAAAGCAGGGUGAAAGAAACAGAAAUUCUGAUCAGCAUCAUCAAGGCUUUGAUAAUGAUGGCCAAAGCAGCAUGUUACGAGCUGGUGGCUAUCAUGCCAGCAAGCAAGGGGAUGGAGGAAUUGGAGGUGAUUCAGCCAACCGAAGAUUCCAGGACUUCAGUCGUCCUCCACCAAACAUGAGAUCCGGUGGGGAGCCAGAUGGCUAUCGUGGUCCUGACGGAAGAGGAGCAGGAUUUGGCAGCAAAAGUGGUAGUGGUAAUUCUUAUGGUGAUGGUGAAAGUGGAAGCAAAUGGUCUUCCGGCUCCCAACAGUCUUCACAGAGGAGUGGUGCAGAUGACCGAUGGAAGUCUGGGCCACCAUCUCGCCAAGACAGAGGUGGACCAAGAGACUCUUCUGGUGACAGAUGGUCUGGGUCAGGUGGCAAUCAGGCAAGAUGGAUCAUCACAUAAUGAUCAGUGGGGACCCCGUCAUGGAGGUCC